CCAAGAUUGACAAGUGGUCGCUCUUUAAAAAAAAAGGUCGAGCAUUUAAAGAGUGCACGCCGCUCUCAGGGAAAAAAAAAACGCAACUUGAUCUUCUAUCAAACCUUGAAGGAUUUAAAGAACUAUGAAGGGUCUGGGGACUGCCGCGAUUCUCACUCUGUUCUUGGUCGUUGCAUCUUCGCUCUUCGUACAGUCCAGCAGCGUGCCACAGGCUCAGUUUUGGAAGCGUAACUGGACACCUCAAGCAAUGCUGUAUCUAAAAGGCGCACAGGGGUUGCGGUUCAUAGCGGAAGAUGAAAGAGAACACGAUCCCACUGAAAACAUAGAUAUCGAAAGCAGAAGCCAAACUGACAGACCAAUAACCCUAAGACAAGCAAAGGCUAUAUUCCUGGCUGCAAUUAGAAAUGUGGAAGACGCCGAGACCUAUUGCAAACGUUCCACAAGUACACUGCACACAGAGUGAAAAAGGAGCAUGUGAUUCACACAAGAAAUCAGCUAAAUUGAUCAAAAUCCCAGGUAAUACUCAUCUAUAUGAACAAAGGGAUGGGGCUGAAUACUUUUUCCAAGGCAGUGAAGUUCAGCAGCCACCAACAAAUCUCCUUUAUCUCACUAC